GACUUGCUUAAAUUAAUCAGUCGCACUUUAUUGAUGCAAUCAUGGCUUGCCUACGGCUCUUUCUCCUCGGGCUUUCAAUUUUUUUGGUGGUAACUCCUUCCAUCGGCGAUAAAUCGUCAUCCGAGAGUCACUGGAGGGCGGACGAGCACGAGUGGAGGGAAUUCGAGGAAUUCCGAGAGUGGAAGAGGCUGAAGAUCUGGGAGAGACAAAAUCGAAAUGAAGGUGUCGGGGAGGAGAGCAUCUCACUUGCAGGGGCCCCUUCUCCGGAUGAGAAUCCUGCCGUGAUGGCGAGGUUCAUCGUCAAUCAAGCGAAUUGGAGCUCUGUUGCUACCAUCAGCAGUCGAAAGGAUAUCCCGUCAUUUCCAUUUGCUGGAGUCAUUUCCGUCAGUGAUGGAACCGUCGGCAAUGGCUCUGGAAUUCCUUACAUGUAUCUCACACCUCUGGAUUUCACAGCGCAGGACAUUGCGAGAGAUCACAGAGCGACGUUGAUGAUGACCUUGGCACAGGGCUCCUGGUGCAAGCAGAAGUCCAUGGACCCGAUGGACCCGCGUUGCGCAAGAGUUGGAUUAUCCGGAAAAAUUGAAAAGGUUAUUCCUGGAGACCUGGAUUACGACAGCGCCAGAGAUGCGGUUUUCGGGAGACAUCCGUGGCUCUCGCACAUGCCAAAAAAUCAUCACUUCUUCUUUGCUAAAUUAAAUAUAUUAUCGAUCGCGAUGUUGGAUGCCUUCGGAGGGCCGAAGUACAUUCCUGUGAAGGAAUAUCUAAACGUGAACAAACACAUUGCAUGGAGAAUGCCUCAUCGAUCCGUGACACUAAUUUAACUAAACAAUCACUUAAGAACAAUUUGUGUUGACAAUAUGUACAUAUACUCUAUAAUAUUCAUAAAUAAAUCUUAAAAUUUUGAUGAUUAAAAAAAA